AGCGCGGGGGGUUCGUCGUGUGGAUUACAUGUUCUUUCUCCUAUGUCGACAGGCCUCUUUAAGAGAGCUAUACCGAUGAGUGGGGUGCCAUUUUGUGACUGGAGCCAGGCGUUUGAGGCCCGGAAAAGGGCGUUUCUACUUGGUAAACAAUUAGGCUUAGACACUCAUGAUCCAAAUGAACUCCUAGAAUAUCUCCAAUCGCUACCAGUUGAAAAGUUAAUUAGCCUCAGUCCUUGCUUAAUGGCUUCAGAGGAAAUUACAAGCAACAGGCUUAAGAUGUAUUUCUUCACGCCUGUCGUGGAAAAAGACUUUGGUCAAGACCAUUUUAUCACACAAGAGCCAUUUGAUAUAUUGAAAAGCGGCAAAAUCAACGACGUUGACAUUUUAAUUGGUUACACGAGUCUGGAGGCUUUGAUAGCUAUACUAUUUUUUGAGCAAGGACUUCUACAACAAUACAACAGAUAUCCAGAAUUACUAGUGCCGACCGAAAUAUUGAAUAAAUGUCCGCCUCGGAAAAUCCUAGAACUUUCAGACAGGAUCCGAGAAUACUACUUUGGCAAUAAAUAUCUAACCAUCGAGAUUAUGAAGGAGUUCCUUGUCUAUGCUAGUGAAAUUGCCUUUAAUAUUGACAUCUAUAGAUAUUUAACUUUACUCAAAGAUGUUGCGAAAUCGAAAAAGUAUUUUUAUAGAUUUUCAUCUUUCUCAGAGCUUAAUAUUACAGGCGUUAUGGGAAAAAAGUAUGGGAUUGAACAAACAUCGCAUGAUGAUGAUUUGAUGUAUUUGUUUCACGCAUAAGAGCCUAAUUUAAAGGUGGAGAAGAAUAGUAAGGAAGGAAAAAUGGUGAGAUUGGCAUGCACCUUGUUUACCAACUUUGCCAAAUAUGGGAACCCUACACCAGAUUCUUCCUUAGGGAUAUCUUGGCCGGAGUAUGACGACAAAGAGUACUACGCCGAUAUAUCCGAGACCUUGACAAUUGGACAGAAGUUGGAUGCUGAGUGUAUGGUGUUUUGGAAGUCUGUCUACGACGAUGCAGGGCUACAAUUCGUUUAG